UUAUCUUUCAGGAAACUUGAUAAGGUUUCGAUCAGGCGUGGCGGAAAAGGAAGAUCCCCUGCUUCGAUUAAUGGCGGGUAUCGAUCCAACUCUUCGUCGGCGAGGUCGACCGGGAGCUCGCCGGCUUCCGAUUGGGCCCGGACGCCUGGGCAGCACAACCGGCAAUUCAACAAUUCGAGUUCGAGGUCGCUGGAGGAAGGAGAUGAUGGAGAUGAUUUGGCGGGGGCGGCGGAGAAGGCUAGGGCCAGUGGAGGGACUCCGUUGUCGAGGGGAUCAGAGGGAGGCGAUAAGGUUCUCGAUGGUAGGGAGGAAGAAGGACUUCAAGCACAUGGAGAGGGUCGAUGGCCGGUGGAUCAAUGUGCUCGAGGGGCUCGAGCUUCAUACUGGAGUUUUUAGUGCAGCGGAGCAGAAGAGGAUUGUGGCUUGCGUCUACGAUGUUCAGGAGAAGGGGAGGAAUCGGCAACUCAGAAGACGCACAUAUUCGGAACCACGAAAAUGGAUGCGUGGGAAGGGGCGUGUAACGAUACAAUUUGGAUGCUGCUACAACUAUGCAGUGGACAAUUAUGGGAAUCCUCCAGGCAUAAUACAGGAUGAGGAAGUAGAUCCUAUGCCGCCCUUAUUAAAAACAAUGAUCAAGAGAAUGGUUGCAUGGCAUGUCCUUCCUCCCACUUGUGUCCCUGAUAGUUGCAUCAUCAACAUAUAUGAUAAAGAUGACUGCAUUCCUCCUCACAUAGAUCAUCAUGACUUCCUCCGGCCUUUUUGCACUGUCUCCUUGCUAUCGAAGUGUAAUAUUUUAUUUGGCAGAGAACUUAAAAUAAUGGGACCAGGAGAAUUCUCAGGAUCUACCGCAAUACCUCUACCUGUUGGUUCUGUGCUUGUCUUAAAUGGCAAUGGUGCUGAUGUGGCAAAGCAUUGUGUGCCAGCUGUCCCCCACUGAAAGGAUUUCUAUUACGUUCAGAAAGAUGGAUGACAGUAAGCUUCCUUACAAGUUCUCACCUGACCCGGCUCUGCAGAAUCUUCAUCCUCUUGCAUAUCCACCAAUAAAAUCCCCAGUGCAACAAGUAGCUAACACACUUUCUCCAAAUCAGCAGCAAAUUACUCCAGAAGCUCAAGUUCUGGGUAAA